AUGAACAACGACUUCUUCCGCAAGCUGGUGCAGGACACGCCGGCUCGCCAAAACGAUGCAUCUCCAACGGAGAGGCCAAAGGCAGGUCCAGUCUCUGCACUCGGCGCAAAGAAGAGCAGUCUGUUCGGUGGAAUGACACCACGGCCAGGCAAGGCCCCAAGCAGCGACGAGUUCGCGAAGCAGAUGCGCGAGCGCCACGCAUCUCUACAGCCGACGAAAACGAAGAAAUUCAGAACGUCGGCUCCAAAAGGCAGCAAGAUUGCAGAUGGCUACGUCGAUCGCGCAAAAGCUAGGCAGGAGGCUCAGGACGAAGAAGACGACAAGGCGGAGAGGAUAAAAGCGCUGGAGGAGCAGGUCAGGCUGGGUCAGCUUCCGUACGAGACGUUCGAGGCGUUGCGCGACAAGAUUGUGGGAGGUGAUGUCUCCUCUACUCAUUUGGUAAAAGGUCUGGACUUUAAGCUACUUGAGCGCGUGCGAAGAGGAGAGAAUGUGCUGGACACCGAUGCUAGCAAAGAGGAGGCGGAGGAGGAGGAAGCGACGGUAGAUGUAGAUGAGGAGCUUGAGAAGUUGCAGGCACAGAAGAUCGAGACCGCGAAGCGUGAGAAGACCGAGAAGAAAGGAAUCAUGGCUCCACCUCCAGUCGUGGGUGUUAAGCGCAGUAGGGACGAGAUCAUGGCAGAGCUGAAAGCGCAGCGUAAAGCAGCGGCGGAAGCGAAAGCUGCUGCUGCACCGACGUUUGACGAUGGGCGUUGGAAGAAGAUUGGCCAGCCGGAGAAGCCAAAGAUUGAACUCGACCACAAAGGUCGGGAGGUCAUUACUACUGUGGAUAAAGACGGUAAGGUGAAGAAGAAAGUACGCAAGGUUGCGGUGGAGAGCAAUGCAGCCGUGCAAUCGAUGGGGAGUAUGCCGCAUGCAAGUAAGGCUGUUCUCGGCGCGGACUUUGCUCUGCCUCAACUCAAGCCGGAAGAGCCCGCGGAAGAUGACGACGAAGACAUCUUCGCAGGCGCUGGAACAGAAUACAAUCCUCUGGGAGACAUGGACGAUGAUGAUGGCGACACCAAACCUCGAAAUUACUUUGGCGACAAGCCCACCGAGACAGACGAAGCGAAAGAUCGAUUCAAAGGCAUCGAGAACGUGCUCAAGAAGGCGUCACAGCUGGGAGCUUCCGCUGCCGCCACGGACGAAGACGAUGAUCGUGACGAAAGCAAAGAAGAGCGUGAAGCACGCCUUGCGAAGAGGGCGAAGAUGCUCGCGCAGGAAGACCGCGAUCUGGAAGACAUGGAUAUGGGCUUCGGCAGCAGUCGAUUUGAGGACGAGCAAGAAGGAGGCGAGGAGAAGAAAAUGCGCUUGUCUGAAUGGAAGGGCGGAGCUGCUGGAGAGGAAGAUGGAUGGGAGGAGGAUGAGAAAGGUGGAGGCAAGAAGAAGCGUAAGCCGAAGAAGAGGAAGGGCGACGUCGACAAUGCUGCGGACAUCUUCCGAGUUAUUGAAGGGCGGAGGGCAGCUCAGAAAUGA